UCAGAAGGGUUUGUUGUCUGGCAGAGCCAAUCAGCUUCCUUCCCUGCCGUAGAUCACAGCUAUAAUACAUAGCACUAAAGGCAGACUCUCUUCACAAGCGUCUGCAGCCUGGCUACCAUUAAAUUCCGCCUUUUUUAUUUUUCCGCUUAAAAGACCCAACUCUGAUGUGUUCCGUUAUCAGCAACCUGAAGCCUGUCAUUUCUGCACCUGCCUCUAUAGGUAUCGGUGGAUAGUAACAGAAGGAGACGAGACAAGGACACUGCAAAGCGAGCGAGAGAAGAGCAGCGAGAGUGAGUGAGUGAGUGAGAGAGAGAGAGAGAGAGAGAGAGAGAGAGAGAGAGAGAGAGAGAGAGAGAGAUAGACACAGAAGAGGCUUCAAGUAAUUAGAUUCAAUGGACGGAAUGUUGCUUCUGACGAGAAUCGUGUUAGCCGGCUUCAUAUGUGCUUCCUUGGUCUCCUUCGGGAUGGCUUGUGGACCAGGAAGGGGCUACGGGAGAAGAAGACAUCCGAAAAAGCUGACUCCUUUAGCUUACAAGCAGUUCAUUCCCAAUGUGGCAGAGAAGACCCUAGGGGCCAGUGGCAGAUAUGAAGGGAAGACUACUAGGAAUUCAGAGAGAUUUAAGGAACUGACUCCCAAUUACAAUCCCGACAUUAUUUUUAAGGAUGAAGAAAACACAGCUGCUGACAGACUAAUGACACAGAGAUGUAAGGACAAAUUGAACUCUUUGGCAAUCUCAGUAAUGAAUCAGUGGCCUGGCGUGAAGCUGAGAGUAACUGAAGGCUGGGAUGAAGAUGGUCACCACUCUGAAGAAUCUCUGCAUUAUGAAGGGAGAGCCGUUGAUAUCACUACCUCAGACAGAGACCGCAGCAAAUAUGGCAUGCUUGCCAGGCUGGCAGUGGAGGCUGGCUUUGACUGGGUUUAUUAUGAGUCAAAAGCCCACAUACAUUGUUCAGUAAAAGCAGAAAACUCUGUGGCUGCUAAAUCAGGUGGUUGCUUUCCUGGUUCAUCUUCUGUGAUACUGAGUAAUGGAGAACCAAAAUUAGUGAAAAACCUGAUCCCUGGAGACAAACUAUUGGCAGUGAAUGACCAAGGAGACCUCGUUUUUACAGAUUUCAUUAUGUUUGCAGACAAAGACAGCCAUGCCAGGAGAAUUUAUUAUGUCAUUGAAACAGAGGAGAUUGGCAAAAAGAUCACUCUCACAGCUGCCCAUCUUCUGUUUGUGUCUGAUAACACUACUGGCGGCUCAUUAAUGAAGGCAACAUUUGCAAGUAAAGUAAAACCUGGGCAACAGGUCUAUGUAGCUGAAGGUGCAAAUGAUCCACUCCGACUGGUUACAGUUAAAAGGAUUUACUUGGAAGAGCAUAAAGAUGCCUUUGCACCAAUCACUACCCAUGGUACCAUCAUAGUUGAUCAUAUACUAGCAUCCUGCUAUGCUGUGAUAGAAGAACACAGACUGGCACAUUGGGCAUUUGGACCUGUCCGAUUUGUAUAUGGACUAACAUCUUUAUUGUUCCCAAAAGACAAUUCAAUAACCAACAGUACUGGCCAAGAAGAUGGCAUUCAUUGGUAUUCCAAUGCUCUGUAUCACAUAGGAACAUGGCUCUUGGUCAAUGACUCCAUUCAUCCACUUGGAAUGGCAAUGAACUCUAGUUGAAGGUGUUAACAAAUUUAAAGAAUAUUAAAAGACUUUGUUCUUUUUUA